GGCCCCGGCCCAGGGAGUAGGUGAAGUCUAUAAGAUGCCCGGUGGGUCAGGGCACUCGGAGCUGUGAGGGAACGUGAGGCGGCGUAGAGCGGAGACCCGCGGCGGGCCUUAGGAGGAGCGGCGGCCGAGCCCGCCUUCCCUGCACCAUGCUCAUAGAAGAUGUGGAUGCCCUCAAGUCCUGGCUGGCCAAGUUACUGGAGCCGAUAUGUGAUGCUGACCCUUCAGCCCUAGCCAACUAUGUUGUAGCACUGGUCAAGAAGGACAAACCUGAGAAGGAAUUGAAAGCCUUUUGUGCUGACCAACUUGAUGUCUUUUUACAAAAAGAGACUUCAGGUUUUGUGGACAAACUAUUUGAAAGUCUUUAUACUAAAAACUACCUUCCACCAUUGGAACCAGUUAAACCUGAGCCAAAGCCACUAGUCCAAGAAAAAGAAGAAAUUAAAGAAGAGGUAUUUCAAGAGCCAGCAGAAGAAGAACGAGAUGUUAGAAAGAAGAAAUAUCCUAGUCCCCAGAAGAGUCGUUCAGAAUCUAGUGAGCGAAGGACACGUGAGAAGAAAAGAGAAGAUGGCAAGUGGAGAGACUAUGAGCGGUACUAUGAGCGGAACGAGCUGUACCGGGAGAAGUAUGACUGGAGAAGGGGCAGGAGCAAGAGCAGGAGUAAGAGCCGAGGCUUGAGUCGGAGUAGAAGCCGGAGCAGGGGCCGCAGCAAAGACCGGGAUCCAAAUAGGAACGUUGAGCACAGGGAAAGAUCAAAGUUUAAGAGUGAAAGAAAUGACCUGGAGAGCUCUUAUGUGCCUGUGUCUGCUCCACCUCCCAGCUCUUCUGAGCAGUACUCCUCUGGGGCACAGUCUAUUCCCAGCACUGUCACUGUGAUUGCACCUGCGCACCACUCUGAGAACACAACCGAGAGCUGGUCUAAUUACUAUAACAAUCAUAGCUCUUCCAAUUCUUUUGGUCGAAACCCACCACCAAAGAGACGCUGCAGAGAUUAUGAUGAAAGAGGAUUUUGUGUACUUGGUGACCUUUGUCAGUUUGAUCAUGGAAAUGAUCCUCUAGUUGUUGAUGAAGUUGCUCUGCCAAGUAUGAUUCCUUUCCCACCCCCUCCUCCUGGGCUUCCUCCUCCACCACCUCCCGGAAUGUUAAUGCCUCCAAUGCCAGGCCCAGGCCCAGGCCCUGGUCCUGGCCCUGGCCCUGGUCCCGGCCCAGGCCCAGGCCCUGGCCAUAGUAUGAGACUUCCUGUUCCUCAAGGACAUGGUCAGCCUCCACCUUCUGUUGUGCUUCCCAUACCAAGACCUCCCAUUUCACAGUCAAGCUUAAUAAACAGCCGUGACCAGCCUGGAACAAGUGCAGUGCCCAAUCUUGCACCAGUGGGAGCAAGACUACCUCCUCCUUUACCCCAGAACCUCCUUUAUACAGUAUCAGAAAGACAGCCCAUGUAUUCUCGUGAACAUGGUGCUGCUGCAUCUGAGCGACUUCAGUUGGGGACACCGCCUCCUCUGUUGGCAGCUCGUUUGGUGCCACCUCGAAACCUCAUGGGAUCCUCCAUUGGGUAUCAUACCUCAGUCUCCAGCCCCACCCCUCUGGUCCCAGAUACAUAUGAACCAGAUGGUUAUAAUCCUGAAGCACCUAGUAUCACCAGUUCUGGUAGAUCUCAGUACAGACAGUUCUUUUCAAGAGCACAGACACAGCGUCCCAACCUGAUUGGCCUCACAUCUGGAGAUAUGGAUGCAAAUCCAAGAGCUGCUAAUAUUAUCAUCCAGACUGAACCACCAGUUCCUGUUUCAAUUAAUAGCAACAUCACCAGAGUAGUUCUGGAACCAGAGAGCCGAAAGAGAGCUAUUAGUGGUUUGGAAGGGCCCCUUACAAAGAAGCCUUGGCUGGGAAAACAAGGGAACAACAAUCAAAGUAAACCAGGCUUCUUAAGGAAGAAUCAGUACACAAACACCAAAUUAGAAGUGAAAAAAAUCCCCCAGGAAUUGAACAACAUUACCAAGCUCAAUGAACACUUCAGCAAAUUUGGAACCAUAGUUAAUAACCAGGUUGCUUUUAAAGGUGAUCCAGAAGCAGCACUCAUCCAAUACCUUACCAAUGAGGAGGCCAGGAAAGCCAUUUCUAGCACAGAAGCUGUUUUGAACAAUCGGUUCAUUCGAGUCCUAUGGCACAGAGAGAACAAUGAGCAACCAGCACUCCAGUCCCCAGCACAGAUUCUCCUGCAGCAGCAACACACCCUGAGUCACCUUUCACAGCAGCACCACAACCUACCACAGCAUCUUCAUCCGCAGCAGGUGAUGGUAACCCAGUCUUCCCCCUCAUCAGUCCACGGAGGCAUCCAAAAGAUGAUGGGCAAACCACAGACCUCUGGUGCCUAUGUUCUUAACAAAGUACCUGUUAAACACCGUCUUGGACAUGCAACUACUAACCAGAGUGACACAUCUCACUUGCUAAAUCAGACUGGUGGUUCUUCUGGGGACGAUUGCCCGGUUUUUUCUACUCCAGGCCAUCCAAAAACAAUUUACAGUUCCUCGAACUUAAAGGCACCUUCAAAACUUUGUUCAGGGUCUAAAUCUCAUGAUGUUCAAGAAGUGCUUAAGAAGAAACAGGAAGCUAUGAAGUUACAGCAAGACAUGAGGAAAAAGAGACAAGAAAUGUUGGAAAAGCAGAUAGAAUGCCAGAAGAUGCUGAUCUCUAAACUAGAAAAAAACAAAAACAUGAAACCAGAAGAAAGAGCAAACAUAAUGAAGACCUUGAAAGAACUGGGAGAGAAGAUCUCACAAUUGAAGGAUGAAUUAAAAACAUCUUCUGCAGUCUCCACACCAUCUAAAGUAAAGACAAAAACAGAGGCCCAGAAGGAGUUGUUGGACACAGAACUGGACCUCCACAAGAGGCUCUCCUCAGGAGAAGAUACAACAGAGUUACGCAAAAAGCUCAGUCAGUUACAAGUCGAGGCUGCCAGAUUGGGUAUUUUACCUGUGGGGCGAGGAAAGACCAUGUCCUCUCAAGGCCGAGGAAGAGGCCGGGGUCGAGGAAGAGGGAGGGGCUCACUGAAUCACAUGGUGGUGGACCACCGCCCCAAAGCACUCCCAGCUGGAGGGUUCAUUGAGGAGGAAAAGGAGGAGUUGCUCCAGCAUUUCUCAGCUACAAACCAAUCGUCUAAAUUCAAAGACCGUCGGCUACAGAUAUCGUGGCACAAGCCCAAGGUACCGUCUAUAUCUACUGAGACUGAGGAAGAAGAAGUCAAAGAAGAGGAAACAGAAACCUCAGAUUUGUUUUUGCAUGAUGAUGAUGAUGAAGAUGAAGAUGAAUAUGAGUCUCGUUCGUGGCGAAGAUGAAAUUUGAUGCGAGUUGUGUAAUUUUUAGAAAUAUUGUUUAGAAGAACAACUUUUUAGAAUUAUUUAAAGAAGUCAAUGAGCCAAAAAAAAUUUUUUUUCUCUUCAACACAGUAGGUUUAAGGACAGCAAGUUGCUAUUCAAACACAUCUCAUAAUUGUCUGUGAUAUCAAAUCACCAGAGGCCGUGACU